AUGGGCAGUACGUUGCCGUCCUACGAGGCAGCGAUGCGAGACGCGAGAGAGUACCUGCGUCGUCGAGACCUGACGUCUCAGGACGAAAUCCCGCUCUACUUUGCGUGGGAGCGACUGUACGCUGCCGCCAACGCCAACCUGAGCACGGACUUCUUGAACGAGACUCGAGCCGAGCUGCGUGCUCGCCAGCAAGCACGACUGAUCCCACGUCAGGGUCUCCCACCCCUGCUCUUCACCUCGUUCGACAAGGUCAACCGCAAGUCGCUGCAGACGUCAGCUUUUCUCCGAUCGGGUCUGUCGUCGGAUGCGGCGAUCGAGAUGAUGGCGCGUCGGUACAGUCGAGAGGCUGAGAAGUUACGCUCGUCAAGAGAAAAGUUGGUGGCGAGCUCUCUGGGUGGAGCAGGGAAGAGACUCAAGGAGGGCAAGCGGGGCAAGAAGACACCGCAACAGGAAGUGGACGAGCUACUCGAGGCUUUGGAGAGUCCAGGUUCACCGAUGGGGAGCGAUUUCGCGACUAGUACGCUCUCAAAGGACAGGUUGGGGGCUGGGUCGGACGAUGGAGGAAAACGAGCGAAGAAAAUCAACCGAAAUCUCCCAAACCCUGAGCAAGAAGUGGAGGCGCUACUCGCAAAAUUUGAGAACUCGAACACCGUGCGAAACCGGGUUAAUGCGGUGAAACCCAAGGGCGAGGUGGACUUCUCGGGUGGCAAGGAUUCUUUUGCGGGUGAGCUAGCGGGUGGGGAUGCCGCGAAGUCAGCAGAACUUCGGCGAUCGAGCUUCUCCAUGGGGAAUCCAGCUGCUGAUCCGAGUGUUCUCAACGUGGAAGACGUCACUGCCUUCGCCGCUCAGGUGUCGGAUUGGAGGAUGCACCCCACGGCUGAUACGGCUGCUUUGCCACCAAAGCUUGGUCACAACGGUUUAGCUUCAAAUGGUUUAGCACCGACUACGAAGAGCACAAAGCGUGUCAAUGGUGGGGGCAAGACGAGGAAAUCUGGAGUGGCUGGAGGUGGCGAGGACGACACGACAUUCGACACGGGUUUGGGGAGUUCUGGGUCUGAUCAGGACCACUUCGAUACCAACGGUUCGCUUCGCUCGAGUGCGGUCAGUACGUCACCCACUAGCAGACGCAGUACGGCUCACACAAGUGACUGGGUAGACGAUGUCGACGAGAAUGAACAGUUAGGUGACGAGCUAGGGGUUGUGCGUAAUUCUGCUAUGGAUGAGAUGCUGCAAGAUCAACCUACCGUUGGUGGAGCCUCGAAUUCGACGACACUCAAUGCUCGGCCCGGGCAGCAUGCCACUAUGAGCACCUCAGGGGCUGAGCGGGGAUCUGUCCAGCUUUCUCACGCUGUGGGGAAUAUGCAAGUGAAAAUCAAGGGGAAAGAGAUCGAAGUGACAUUCAGAGGCUCACUCGAUAACAGCAACAGUGACGAGAGUAGCAACACCGAACAACAGAGCGAGCGUAUCAACCCGAGAGGACAUCCGUUAGCAACUCAAAAAGUGUUUGGCACAAUAGAUGCCACAAGCAGUAGAGGCGGCGGCGAGGACGAUGAGCACGACACGGCCGACCCGAAAGCUCAGAUGCGUAAUGCUGUUGAUCAGAGCGACUUGAACUUACUGCGUAAACAGAGCAGUGUCAGAUUCUCCGGUGUAGCAGACGACGACGUGGACGAGGGCACCAACGAUGAUGUAAGUCCCAGUCAAAAUGAGCCGAAGCCGCUCGAAGCUCGCGACGCUCCGGUUGCAAGCCUACCAAGGCGACAAGAACUGCCCUCGCAUCAGAUCCGCACUGCUAGUACAGACAGCAGCGCCGCAAGUCAAGACGAUUUGGAUGAAGGCUCGUUGUAUAACAAUGGAGAGGCAGUCGAGCUGGAUGCGCGCAGCAGCAUGAAAAAGCCCCACAGACAGCAGGUCGAUGUACACGAUGCUCGUCUUCACGACAAUGGUAAUUCGCGACCUAGCACAAGUCGAAGUGGUCACCAGAAUCCGACUGCGGGUGGUCGCAAUGGGGUACUCCAGGAGGAGAGUCAGGGGCGACACCAUAUAGACUCAGACAGCCGAAUCAAGCAGGUGUUAGUUGAAGACAGCGACAGUGGCAGCGACGAGGACUUUUCCGACGGACCAGACACUCCAGACCUUGAGUAUCGCCAUCACAAAAGCAAGCACGAAUCUUCUCAACUGCAGCGACGAGCUCCUCACGACACUCGCGAAUACGCCGAUCAUGGACGUAGUAGGCGUCCCUCUUCUAGACCGCCCUCGUCUCAACACGCAAGUUCACGCAACAAGCAGCGAAGUCACUCGACGGAUUCCAGCAGUGACAGCAGCAGCGGCUACGACAGCCGAAUCGAGGUGGAGAAGUCUGAUCAGCGCCACCGUUCGGAUACUGCAGAGCGUCCUCGAUCCAGACACUCUAGUACUAGAGACCGCCAACGACCUAGUACUCGAUAUUCAUCCAUCGCCCUGCGCGAUCGCGACCACUACCUCGCCGCAGCGAUGGAAUCACCUCCCAAACGGAUCAAGCCAGAAAUUCGAAGCAAAGAAACCAAGCAGACCAAGACGAAACACGACUCAAAGUCAAGCAAGUCCACGCCCAAACUUCCCGAGGGGAUUGUGUGGCCACCUGGGAUGGAGGCGGAGUGCAUCGCUCGCCUCGGUUUGGAUGGGCACCACCCGAUCGCACCCCCAGGGCUGGAGCACCUCGUGACGGACGAGCAGUGGGGGGACUACUGGACGUGGCUGCACUGGUACUCGUCGUGGCAGAUGUGGUACAUGAAGAACGGCAAGAAGCCAAAGGGCAAAUCGGACAAGGAGAAGCGACGUGGACGUCGACACACCGAGAGUGACGAAUCUCUUGAUACGGAGGCGGGUCGCUGCGAUAACAAGUCGCAACGGAAUAACAACAACGCCAAUUGGUGGGUCGAUGUCGGUUCAACCAUGAUCCCUGUGAGUGAAGUGAGCAACGAGGCGGAGGACGAACCGAAGCGCGAUGACGAACCCGCUACCAGCCACCAAGCAGACGCAGACGCAGACGCGCCGUCGCCUGGCCCGGAAGAGCUAAUGACCACGACUAUCACCGACUGGGGGGCGGUGACCUUGAAGACUGGACCACUCGCCAGCCAGUCAAGAGGCGACUGCUUCGUCUUUCAGAGACUGUGGCCAGCUACCUCACUCGCGAACUCCCGUCCCAGCGCUCGCCUGAAGCCAUCCGGUCCAUCUCCUGGAGGGCGCGCGUCAACUUGUACCUCCAGCCCGGAAGAAACUUUGAUCGGGUGGCGCCUCAACCAACUGAUAAUGCUCGUGCUGUUCGUGGAUAUCGCGAUCAUGACGAGCGAGACACUUGACGGACCGCGUCACGGAGGCACAGACCCGGACUUCCACUACAUGCUCGACGACAGUUCGUACAAUUCCAUCGAGGGGUUAUUCACAGUGACCUACUGUGUAGAGUUCGCGGCAAGGUGGCAGAGCGCACCGAGUCAAAUCCAGCUCUGGAGGUUAAUUUCUACGUGGGUGAGUCUACUGGCGGCAAUCGCUGCUGUCCCCAAACUUGUCGGCGUCGCGAUUAGCUCUGAUACUUACCACGCAGACUCGCGCAUGUACAAUUUACGCAUUCUUCGCGUCGUUCGACUGAUGAUUCUCUCACAUGCGUUCAUGGGAACGAAAGUACUCUUACGAGCCGCUCAGCACUCAAUCGCACCUCUGAAGAUCACGUUUUUCUUCUUGAUCACGGUGGUGAUGGUGUUCGCCACUGCCAUUUUCUAUGCCGAGCCGUGCUACGACCUCCAAACGUGCACGUUUACCGACAUCUUCAACACGGGCUACUUCGUCAUGCUCACCGUGGCGACCGUGGGUUAUGGCAACCAAGUGCCUUCGAUACACAACCCCGGUUCGCUGGUUCUCACGUGCAUCGUCAUGAUCUUUGGCACGCUCUACCUCUCAAUGCCCUUGGCGAUUAUCGGUAUCAAGUACGACUUGGCAUGGCGCGAAUACGACGAGUUCGCGCGCAAUAAAAAACUGGAGCAGCAGCGAAAUCGCAAUUUGAAAGAGAUCGCCGCUGACAUCGCAGCUGAGAACAGCAAGCAGACGUCUCCACAUUCCAAUUCCACCGUUCCUAACGCAGACGGCACUGACGCUACGCUGCAAAAGCUCGAGGUGCGCACUGUCAAGUACGUGAGCUCCGCCACUUGUGAGCGGUUCUACGAGCUCUUGAAGCACAUUGUGGACUUUCACCUGGCCGUUCAGCCUCUCUUCUCCCCUGUCACCCUUGCCGAAGCUGCAACACUCGAGAGCAUGUUGCAGUUUACAAAGCGCCGCAGUGAGGAAGCUUCGCAGGCUUUAGACGCGAUCAUAGCCGCCAUAAAGCUCCAUAAACGCGUCUGCGCAGACGCCCACUCCCUGUUGAUAGCUCGGAAAUCCACAGAGAGAGACACGGGAUCGGAACGUCGAGCCAACUCCCGCCUCAUGUCUGCAAUUCGACGGGCCAGCAGGGAGCCCAGCACUGACUCAAGCGCGCCGAGUUCUUCAAAGCUGAGACGCGCGCAUAAGCUACAACAUACUGGUCUUCGAUCUGUCCUAUGCCAACGCACAGUCCACGAUUUCUGCCGGACACACGAAGAACCCGGCUGUUAUGUUUUCAAAGUAGUCGGAGGAUCGGGAUCAAACCUCACGGUCCAAGUAACAAUCGAGCCUCUGAACUUCCACUGCGCUAUUGAAGCUGCAGACACGAACUGCUACGCGUCGGGGGUCAACUUUGGCUCACUGAACUUCCCUCUGUCUUGUGAGGAGGUCUUUGGGUCAGAGGUUGGGAUAAAGGUGUGCAAGACCCGCAUCUGCCAGACGUCGACCAGCACCAUCUUCGACAUUGAGCCAUACUGGAUCUACUUCGAGUUCUUCUUCGGCAUUUUAUUCACGGUUGAGUUCAUCCUACGGGUGUACGCGCAUCCGGCUCGACGGCAGCUAGUGGGGAACUUCAGUGCUAUUGUGGACGUGAUCAUCCUCCUACCGUUCUACGUCGAAAUUAUCGAGAUCUGUAUCGACGAGAUGCCGACUGUAGUGUCCGCGGCCAUAUUCUUCGAGCUUGAGCGGGGCACCGAGUGCUUUGUUGGCAAUACGUGCAUGUGGUGGGACAAGAACGUCUUGACUCGGGAGCUAUCAGAACGUCUUCCAACGGGUAAACGGGUCCUUGUACAGAAUACGCUUCUUACCCUUUUUACCGACAUGCUGCGCUCGACCUGGUUCUCCCUCGUGAGCUUCACGACGGUCGGCUAUGGUGAUUUGUAUACACGCACAUCGCUCGGCAAGCUUGCAGACGCUGUUGGGGCGAUUUUCAGUGCCUGCUACACGGCGAUGCCGCUUACUUUGGUGGGUGGGCAGUUCUACAUAUGCUACGAAGUGUACGCCAAAGAGGAGAAGAGGCUGAAGGUGAGGGAGGUCCAAACAAAUAUUGGAUGUGUGACCUCAAGAGCUAAUUGCAUCGCCUCGCUAGCUGUGCCUGCUACUCACGAGCCGUCACCACCAUCUCCACCAAGGCUGUCAUCAAGGACAGCGUCCAGAGUGGAUGCGGUGCAGGGAGAGAAGCCAAUUUCGUCACAACACACCGCCGAGUCGACGGAGUUGCAGAUGAUCAACCACUUUUUCCUCAUGCACAAGGUGUUCAACGAGGUGAUCGAAGAUCUGAGCUCACUCAAUCGACUUAGCACCGAGCGCGUUGCCAGUGCACGAAAGGGGUCGUUUGGUUCAGGAUCAGAGUCGACUGCGACGAAGCUAGCUGAUGUGAGGCAGCGCGAACAAACGGUCGAGGCCAAGAUCUCGACCAACAUGGUCUUCUGCAUGACGGCGUACUUGAACUUCGCGUCGAUGAUCGAGCGCAUUCUCGGAACGAAAGCAAAGCGGACGCUGCGACUCCAUAACGCACACACCGACGCACUGCUGCCAGCGAGUGAGUUGCUGCGCGUGAGCAAUGACCACGAAAGCGGGAACUAUAGCGAUGUCGUCGAUAGUGACGAGGUUCAGAUUGAACCAGGAGUCAAUACCUGA